GGUCGUAGCCGCUCGUGGCAGGCUGGCCAGGUGGAGCGGCUAUGGGCGGGAGGGCCUCUCCUCUCAGUGCCUAGCGACAAUUCGUGCGAAGAAGACGCUUGUCAUUUUGCCGCGCGCCCGACGCAAUAUUCCGAAUUUGAAUUCAGAAUCCAACUGUCAGAUUAACUUUGUUUUUAAAAGAGACUUGAUGGCUUUCCAGCCAGAUAGGAUUACAGAAAAAUUGUAGAAUAAAAAGGAUAAAGAAAAAAAAAGUUUUAUAGUGCAGUGUAGUGAUUGAUGUUUUGUAAAAUGAUUUUGCGCGGGAUUUGGACAUUUGAUUUGUUGCUGCUGAUAUGUUUUAAGGGUGUGACCAGUCUGCGUGACGUGCGGCUCCUAGUGGACCCUCCAGUGGUGAUCCGCGGGGGCACGGCGGCGCUGAUCUGUGAGCGAGACAUGCAGGGCUCCCCGCUCUACUCUGUGAAGUGGUACCGAGGGAACCAUGAGUUCUACCGGUACACGCCGAAUGAGCUGCCGAACACCAGGGUGUUUGGAUUGCCGGGGAUUUACGUUGAUGUGAGUAGCAGUAUUUUUUGUGGCUUUUCCGAAUGGUGCUAAAGUCGAAUUUCUAACUCUACGUAGUCUUAUGGUGAAGGAAAACAACGUGAGGAAACCUGCACGUCUAACAUCUUGAUUCUAGAUUUCUAUCCAAGUGUAUUGUGCUCAUUAAAAACGGCAAUACGGUUCGACAUAUGACGUUAGUGUAAUAAUGUAUUGCAAAAAGCGGGUGGACCCCUCAGUGGUAAUCUGUGAGCGAGACAUGCAGGGCUCCCCGCUCUACUCUGUGAAGUGGUACCGAGGGAACCAUGAGUUCUACCGGUACACGCCGAAUGAGCUGCCGAAUACCAGGGUGUUUGGAUUGCCGGGGAUUUACGUUGAUAUGAACAACUCCAACGGCAAGCAGGUGAUGCUGCGGCGGCUGGAGCUGGGCCUGGCCGGCAACUUCAGCUGCGAGGUCACGGCCGAGGCGCCGCCCUUCUCCACGCAGAUCGCCACACGGAUCAUCGAUAUUGUCGCUCCGCCCACCAAGGACCAGAUCCUCAAGGCGAACAAGGACAGGUACCAGCCGGGCGAGGCGCUGCGGGCGAACUGCACGUCGGCGCCGUCGCGACCUGCUGUCAACCUCACCAUCUACAUCAACGAUGAGCCGCACCGCUCAUCCGAGACCGCCCUCCACCCAUCCGAGGUUGGCCUCUACUGGAGCAGCGUGAAGGUAGAGCUGAACGUCACCCCAGAGCUCUUCGUGGGUGGUCGCCUGCGGCUGUCGUGCGUGGCGGCCAUCUUUAAUGUGUACCGGAGUACGGCUACUCUGGACUUCUUCACGCCUGAGACCGAUCCACGGCCGGAGAGAAUAACGUUCAGCGGAGCACCGCGGAACAUCCCUAGUUGGGUAUUCCUCAUGCUGCUCUUCCUGCUGCCGAUGCUAGUGAUGGGACAACUCUACGAUGAAGCUGAGUUCAAAAUGGAUGAAAUCAUCGAGUAUGGAUACGAGCCGGACAGCACUGAACAUGUUUACAAAGCUCUCGUUGGUGGAUGAACAGUCGGUUAUAUAUACUAAGUAGAUUAUAUAUAGGUGUUAAGGUAGGUAGGCUAGGAUAGGUCUGGGCUGUAAUUAAUACUAAGUGACUGUGCACUGAUGCAUGAUGAAAAGGUUUUUUUAGAGAUUGUAUAUUUUAUUGCGGGUUUGUCUUCACUGGAAUAAUUGGUCUGAAAUAUUUAUAUUUUUUACCCGUUUCGAUGCCAACGGUAACAUUAAAUAGUCCGAGCACCCAGAUUGUCAAUUUUCCUCUUUAAAAGACUCUUCCACUUCGCAAACUGUUAUUUUCCAUUUAGACCUCAAACAUAUGCGACGUUUUAAAGGGUCCAUUAAAACAAUGUUUAUAUGUAUAAAAUCACUGCAUUCAGUACUUGAUGUUCGGAAAUCAACGCUUUUAAUACAAUACACCUUUUUAUUAAUCUGUGUUCUAUUAUGUAAUGAACAGGACCAUAUAUUAUGAAUUUAUUUGCAUUAAAAUGCGUGACUUUCGUGAGAAUAAAUCCAGGUGUACGGAUCCAUGAUGGUCGCACAACUGCGUUUGUGACAUGAGAAUCUGGCUACUGUUACAUUGUGACUAACGUGACACCAUACUAAGGCCUGGGUCUCCUAUUUUCGCUGUAGGUCGCUCCGUGGGCCGCGUCACGAUGCUCACUAUAGAAAUGUACUGAUGCGGUCUCCCUCACACGCCGACGUUGGCGCGUAGACGUAGUGAGCAUUGACGCGGCCUACGGCGAGACGCUGGACGCGAUCUACGGCGCGUAAUAGGAGACCCGGGCCUAAACUGAGUGUAGCAACGUUUAAUAUCAGGUAGUUUCCAUGGUAUGAAUAUAAUUUUAUUUUACUCUGUAUUAAAUUUUAGAGAAAGGCGAGGAACAGAAACGAUUUUUUCCUUUUUUAAUUAAACGAAUUUAAUUAACACUAAGACAGAUCAAAGGACAGGCUCGACUAGCGCCUCCAAUUAAAAAAAAACAUAACUUCCGUUCGGAAAGGUUUUUGCCAAAACUUGCCUCGCUUCCACGCCCUUUUCAUGCUUAUUCCAAUUUCUAGAAUAUACUUCUCAAUACCCAGUACCUAGAAUGUCGAAGUUUAUGUAAUAAACGCUAAAAACGGCAGUUUCUGGUUUAUAAAUUAUAUAUUUUAAUAAAACUUAGUCAUCAGGAUCAGAGCAGAGUCAUUUUUUUUGAGACGAGACGAGCAUGAAAUUAAGAAAGCAAAGUAAAAUCUAAAUUACCUAUCGAAAUUCACAGUAGGUACUAUAUUAUAUUAUAUUGGGUUUGCCUACUGCAGUUUUUUAGAGUUGUCAGGUGAAGAAGGAGAGAGACAAUAAAUGGUUUAUUGGUUUAGUAACCAUUUUUGCAUUGGUAUUUAGUUGGUUCUUGUGUCUUAUUGUAAAACCCACUUUUGAUGUUGAUAACGUGAUGAGGUUUAUAGCUAUCUAAAGUUCAUGCUCGCUUUGAUUUGAGCGUUUAACACCUAAGUAGAUAAGAAAAGUGUACAUAAUAAAUUUAAUAUAGAUAAAAAAAUCUAUCGGAGAAGAAAUUACUUAAAACUUAAACUUACUUAAUUCUUUUGAAAAUAUAAUGGAGUUAAUUGAAUUCACAGGCUAGCCUUGGCUGUAAGCAGUAAUGCAUUCUAUACAUACGUAUGAUAAUGUUUUGUUAGGUUAUAGGUUAAAGUUUUGUAAAAAUGCGAUAAUUUAAGUACAACUGUAUUACCUAUAUCUAUGAAAUUCUGAAAUAGGUAGUUUUUUUUUGUUUUGUGUAAGUACAUAGUACAUACUUGAAUUUUGGCAUAAGUUUUACUUUGUAUUUGGAAUUUUGCAAAAACUAUAUUAUGCUUUAAACAGAGAUAAUGUAAACCACUUGAAAGUACACACAAGCAAAAUUGAUACAUAUUUGCUAUGAAGAGAAGUAUUUUAUUCACGUUUCUUACUAAUUGACUAUUCACUAUUUUAAACUUCACACUUAUAGAAUUCACAAUUUUCCAACAAAUAGGUACGAUGAAUUUUUCAAACCCCGACUAAAAAAGACUGAGUAUUUGUGUGUCGGUCUGUGGCAUGUAUAGCUGAGCCUCUAGUACGGGUUUUGCAAUAUAUGAAAACGAAAAAAAAAAAGUUUUCUUCUGAGCGUCUAGUACGGGUUUCGCUAUUAAUGAAAACGAAAAAAG